AUGUCAGCUGCUCAUCCCCAGAAUGUCUCUCACUUGGAAUACUCCCUUCCAGGGAUAAUGCAUUAUCUACAAAAGGAAACAACAAAGAAUGAAAGGGAUCGUGUUCAGUGGGAACUAGAAAAAGGUGAAUUGAAGUCAAACAUUACAAAACUAGAAGGUGAAAAUAAGAGCCUUCAUGAAGAAGUUUCUAGGUUGAAAGCUGAGCUGGGUCAUGUGAACAACUCAAAAAAUACCAAAGUCAACAAAGCUGAGGUAUCAAAGAUAAAAUUCAAGGAGGUUGAUGUCAAUCCAUUAGCUCAUGCAAGGGAAAAACUACAGAGCCAAAUUAAAGAGAUUGGUGUUUUGUUGAAUGCUACACCUGUUGAUCUGUCCAAACUUCAACUAGAUUCUGAUAGAGCGUAUUACUCAACUUAUCCAGGCUUAUCACAACAAGAUGAAUCCACUGCUGAAUCUUCUUUAAACUCAAACCAAGUGGCACAACCCAAAGAAGCGGUAAAAAUAACCAAUAGCUCGCCAAUACAGAAAAAGGAAACCAUCACAACCUUUGAAAAGCCUAAACCUGACCCAGCUCCAGAAUUCAAACCAGAAACUCAUGAUGUUGAUGAAUCUGAUGCUGAAACUGUUACUGGUGAAACCGAAGAAGAAAAAGAACCUUCACAGCAGCAGCAACCACAGAACAAUCACAAGGGUAUUGAGAAAUUCUUGCUACCGCAUUUUGCCACAAUCACAUCAUUUGCUUCCAAUGGUAAAGAGCUCUUAGCAGCUUCAGAAGGUGGUGUUAUUAAAUAUUGGUCUAUACAAGAUAUUUUAAACUCAAAGGGGGCUUUAGAAUCAUUAAAAUCUUAUCGUGCUGAUUCAGAACUCAUUGAAUUCGUUAAAUGGAUUGAUAAGGAUCAUUUUGUUACUGUUUCAGGAAAUACUGUGAGAUUUUUUGAUAAAAAUUCAACACAACCGCCAUCUGUCAAGUACAAUAUCAAUUCAGUCAAAUCAGUGGAUGCCAAUAAUUCACAUAUUGCACAUGUUGCAAAUGAUGGUUCCUUGACCAUUUCUAAUCUAACUUAUUCCCCACACAUAAAGUAUGAAAAAGUUAAGGACAGAACUGAAAAAUGUGAUUUUGUUGCAUUUGAUACAAAGAAUGAACAUGAAUUAAUAACAGUUAAGCAGGAUGGUGUUGUUGAAGUCAUAAAUCUUGAAACCAAGAAGAAGAUGACUCCAAUUUUGAGUAUAAAUCUAACUGGUAAGACAAUUACAAACUUCACCGUUGAGGAAAAACUAUGGUGCUUUGAGCUAAAUAAAAAUGAAGUUAUUUUAUACAACUCAACCUCAAAAUCAGUCACAUUCCAACAAAAGUAUGAAGUGGAAAUUGCUAAAGUUCAAAUUAGUCCUAAACUUAUUGUGAUAUUUUUAACAGAUGGUGAUAUAAAAGUUUAUGAGACAAAAAAUUCAAAGUCUGAGAUCUUUAAGGAUUACAACAUUUAUAAGUUAUUUUUCACAGACCACUCAAACUUAACUAAAGAAGAUAAGGUUACGUUGAAAAAUUCAUUAAAAACAGGUAUUUUAGUGUUUAACGAUUAUGUAUUUGGUGGUUGUGAAGACUCUUUUAUUCGUGGUUUUAAGAUUUGA